CAACGGACGGGAGUGCGGGAAUGCUUGGGACGCGGCGCGGCGAUUUCGGGGUCCCCCGAGGCGUCCCCGGCCUGCCCAGAGAGUGCCGCCGUGGACCCUGUUGGCGCCGCGGCGGAGCUGGCGGCCACGGGCGCCGCUGGCGCCUCCGAGGGGGCGGCCGAGCAGGGUGCCCAGGAGGGCGAUGCCACGGGGGUGGCCUGCCAGGCCGAGAAGGCAGAGGGGGCGGUGGCCGAGCAGGCGGUGCUUCGCGGCGGCUCGGGGCGGCAGCCGCGGCGCUCGCCACCGCCGCGCGCGGGGAGUGCGCGCGGCCGGCGGGG